AGUUUCUAAAUUUUGACCCUAUACGUGUAGUGUCGUACUCAUAUCUCUCUAGCUCUCUCUCUUCUACGUUUAUGGCAGCGUUAGAGACUGUAGGGCAGUGACAAUUCCACCACUUGCGUGUGUAAGCGGAGAUAGAAUCUUAAAGGGAUCUUAAAAGUAUCUCCCUUUCUUCUUACCCAUCUCUCUCUCUAUUAAUGUUUGGGACUCUCGCUUCCGGAGAACUCGAAACCGCCAGAUUGAGGCGUGAUUUAGGGUUUUCAUGCGGUGGUAUAAGAAUGGAAGGCGAGCAGACGCAGAAACUCGUUGUGGGGUAUGCUCUGACUCCCAAGAAGAAAAAGAGUUUCUUGCAGCCCAAGCUUGAAGUCCUGGCUAGGAGAAAAGGCAUUUGCUUUGUCCCCAUUGAUUUGAACCGUCCACUCUCUGAACAAGGGCCAUUUGAUGUCGUUUUGCAUAAGUUGCUAGGAAAAGAGUGGCAAGAUGUUAUUGAGGAUUACCAGCAAAAACACCCGGAAGUGACUGUGCUUGAUCCUCCAGGUGCAAUACAACGUAUACAUAAUCGACAAUCGAUGCUUGAGGGUUUGGCAGAUUUGAACCUGUCUGAUUGCAGUGGCAGCAUUUUUGUUCCAAAGCAAAUGGUUGUCUUGAAAGAUUCAGCAUCUAGUGCUGAUAGAGCCGUAGAAGCUGGUCUUAAAUUUCCAUUAGUUGCAAAGCCACUCUGGAUCGACGGAACUGCAAAGUCACAUCAGUUGUUCUUAGCUUAUGACAGGCGCUCGCUUGCAGAACUUGAUCCACCUUUGGUCCUGCAAGAGUUUGUUAAUCAUGGUGGAGUUAUGUUCAAGGUUUUUGUGGUGGGUGAUACUAUAAAAGUUGUGAGACGAUUCUCUCUACCGAAUAUUAGUAAUUGUGAAAAAGGCAAAGUUGAUGGCGUCUUCCAGUUCCCAAGGGUUUCAUCUGCUGCUGCUUCAGCCGAUAACGCUGACUUGGACCCUAGUGUUGCUGAGCUACCUCCAAAGCCUUUCCUAGAGGCCCUUGCAAAAGAGCUACGAAUCUUAUUGAGACUUCGGCUUUUCAACAUAGACAUGAUCAGGGAACAUGGGAGCAAGAACGUGUUUUAUGUUAUUGACAUCAAUUAUUUUCCUGGUUAUGCAAAGAUGCCAGAUUAUGAGCAAGUUUUUGUAGAUUUCUUCCACGAUAUGGCGCAAGCCAAACAGAAGAAGAGACAUUGUAAAUGAAGAGCCUCUGAACUCAUGCAAGGAGCUGUGAGAAAAGUAUAAUGACUAAACUAAUGAUGGAUUUGUACAGAAUUAGCUCUCAUCCCUUUUGGAAGCUUUAUGAGAUGACAAGUUUUGAUUAGUGA